GCAAGCACUUUACAACACAAAACAGAAGAAAAAGAUGCCCUUGAAAUACAAACAGAAAUUCUCAUAGCAGCCGAACAAAAGAAAACGUUACAUCAAUCAGCAACCAAAGAAGAUCUACAGACCAUCAAUGAACGUCUUUCAAAAAUGGAGAAGGUUUUUUCAUCUGGUGGUCAAUCUCAGAGCAUCCAACCAGCUCCUUCAAUGUCUGACAAGCCAAACAAAAAAAAUUCAAAUUACAACCAAGAUCGGCUCAGAGCAUGGAGUGAGAACUUCGAGUCUGGCACAGACACUUCACUACAAAGAGAGAUACGCAGAAAGACUCGAUUCAAGAAAAGUCUCAUGAACAAAAUGCUGCGAAAAUCAAAUCCUCAAACCAGAGAUCAACCAACAGUUUUGAAUACAAGUUCAGUGACGAUCUCUGUACAAGACGAAUGUGAGACAACUUCACAUCCAUCUCGUCUGCAUGUACAGCCUAUUGCUCAAGAAAACCCCAAAUCUAUGCAAACGGUCGCACAACCCGAUGACGUCGUACAAGCAUUGAUCAGCUUGAAGCACUGUGUGCAGCAACAAGGGCAAACAUUGCUGCAGAUUCAGUCACAACUAGCAAACAUGGAAAAACGAAUGACGCACUACGAACGCAGGCAAGUGAUACAUCCAAUACAACUAGACUUUUCUUUUGAAGAAUACACAGUCUGAGUAUGAAAGAUCGCCUGGCAAGCAUUAGGACAACGGAAGAAUGACACACAUACAGUUGGUCAUCUAUGACUCUUGACAUGUUGAGCAUAAACUACAUUGUAUAGUCACAAUCUUGUCUAAUAGUAAGUCACUAGUAUUAGUAAGUCCAACAAUCAACAAGCAAUAAUUCCAACACA